AUGAAAUUGUCCAGAGUUUCUAUUCUGGGGAAAGAAUGUAUCCAUGUUGGCCAAAAUAUUAAUGGAUACAUUGUGGAAACCAUAUUGAAGACAUGUCCCUCUUCAACCUAUGUUGUGAUCAAUGACAUGAACGUAGAGAAAGUACCUUAUUUGUCAGAAUUCAAAGCUGAGUUAGCCUCGAAACUGAGCGAUGAAUCUCGAAUUUUGGAAUAUUUCGUGAAACCGGGUGAGGCCCACAAGAGUCGUGAAACGAAGGCAGACAUCGAGGAUUAUUUACUGACGGAGGGUUGUACUAGAGACACAGUGAUUAUUGCCGUCGGUGGAGGUGUCAUUGGCGAUAUGAUCGGAUUCGUGGCGUCAACCUUCAUGCGGGGAGUACGGGUUGUUCAAAUUCCAACAUCUCUUCUGGCGAUGGUGGACUCUUCGAUCGGUGGAAAGACCGCUGUAGACACGCCACUUGGUAAAAAUUUCAUCGGUGCUUUCUGGCAACCUCAACACAUCUUUGUGGACAUCAAAUGGCUGGAAACUCUUCCAAGAAGAGAGUUCAUUAACGGUAUCGCAGAAGUGAUCAAGACUGCGUGUAUAUGGAACGCGGAAGAGUUUGCUCGUCUGGAAGAAAAUGCUGAUAAAUUCUUACAGGUUGUCAACGGUGCCAAAACGACCAAAGUCGCAAUCGCGGGCAAAGUUAACGAAAUCUCUGUCACUGAUAUUGACUCAAUUUCUGAGCAUAUUUACAAAUUGGUGCUUGAAAGUAUAAAAGUUAAAGCACACGUCGUCUCUUCCGAUGAAAGGGAGUCUGGUUUGAGAAAUUUGCUAAAUUUUGGUCACACCAUCGGGCAUGCCUAUGAAGCCAUUUUGACCCCUCAAGCGCUUCAUGGGGAGUGUGUCUCCAUUGGUAUGAUUAAAGAAGCCGAGUUAUCUCGCUAUUACAAUAUUUUGUCGUCUACUCAGGUCGCUCGUUUGACCAAGAUAUUGGCGGCAUAUGGUCUACCUAUUUCACCAGAUGAACCAUGGUUCAGAAAGCUUACGCUGAACAAGAAAACACCACUCGACAUUCUACUCAAAAAAAUGAGCAUCGAUAAAAAAAACGACGGAUCCAAGAAAAAGGUUGUCUUGCUCGAAACUGUCGGAAAAUGUUAUGGUACCUCUGCACAUGUUGUUAGCGAUGAAGACCUCAGAUUUAUUCUGACUGAUGAAACCCUCGUCUAUCCUUUUGCGGCUGAGCAAAGUCUUCAGGAAAAGAUUAUCACGCCUCCUGGGUCAAAGUCUAUCUCCAAUCGAGCCCUUGUUCUCGCUGCUUUGGGAAAUGGAGUCUGUAAAAUAAAGAAUUUGCUACACUCCGAUGACACAAAACAUAUGUUGCGGGCCGUCGAACAAUUAAAGGGUGCUUCCAUUUCCUGGGAAGACAAUGGAGAGACCGUUGUUGUUGAAGGUAGAGGAGCUCUAUCUCUAGAAGCAACCUCCGAACCCUUGUAUCUUGGAAACGCGGGCACGGCUUCCAGAUUUUUGACGACGGUGGCAGCUCUGGUAAAUUCCUCUUCGAUCGAGAAGAGUGUAGUUUUGACAGGAAAUGCAAGAAUGCAAGAGAGGCCUAUUGGACCUCUUGUGGAUUCUCUCAGGAAAAAUGGUGUUGGUAUCGACUACCUCAAGAAGGAGGGUUCUUUACCUCUGAAGAUAAAUACUGAUACCGUUUUCAAAGGAGGAAGAAUUGAGCUAGCUGCCACAGUCUCUUCGCAAUACGUCUCUUCGAUUCUAAUGUGUGCUCCUUAUGCUGAAAAAGCCGUUACUCUGUCUUUAGUCGGUGGGAAAGCCAUCUCAAAGCUUUACAUUGACAUGACCAUCAAGAUGAUGAAAACAUUUGGGGUUGAGGUGAAGGAAUCAGAGACUGAGCCUCAAACCUACCUAAUUCCAAAGGCUGAGUACGUUAAUCCACCCGAGUACGUUAUCGAAAGUGAUGCAUCAUCCGCAACGUAUCCCUUAGCUUUCGCUGCUAUGACUGGUUCAACCGUGACCGUUCCCAACAUUGGAUCAGAGUCUCUCCAAGGAGAUGCUCGUUUUGCGCGUGAUGUCUUGAAACCAAUGGGCUGUAAAGUUACUCAAACGGCAACUUCUACAACUGUUACGGGACCACCUCUUGGGCACUUGAAGCCUCUGAAGCAUGUAGACAUGGAGCCCAUGACCGAUGCGUUUUUAACAGCUUGCGUCGUAGCUGCCGUUGCUCACGACGAUGACCCGUCAUCCAAAAAUAUUACCACUAUCGAGGGAAUUGCUAAUCAGCGCGUCAAGGAAUGCAAUCGUAUUUUGGCUAUGGUGAGAGAAUUGGCUAAAUUUGGUGUCAGUGCUAAUGAGCUUCCCGACGGUAUUCAAGUUCGUGGUUUGGCUUCUUUGAAGGACCUCAAAAUGCGUGAAGGUGUCACCGGCUCUCAGAGCAUUGAUACUUAUGACGAUCACCGCGUUGCUAUGAGCUUCUCAUUACUCGCGGGUCUUGUCAGUGUUUUCUCACAGCAGCCGGCUAAGCCUGUCAGAAUCUUAGAAAGACAUUGUACCGGCAAGACUUGGCCCGGAUGGUGGGAUGUUUUACAUACCCAGUUAGGGGCCAGCUUGGAUGGAGCUGAACCCCUUGAAUCUGCAAGGAAUGCAAAAGACAAAAAGGGCAUUGUUAUCAUUGGAAUGAGAGCUGCUGGAAAAUCUACUGUUAGCAGAUGGUGCGCAGAGGCUCUUGGCUAUAAACUAUUAGAUCUCGACGCAGUAUUCGAAGAAAGGUACGGUAAGGGUUCUGUCAAGGAAUUUGUCUCUCGCGAAGGCUGGGAUGCCUUCAGAGACCAGGAGGCACAAAUCUUCAAGGAAGUGAUUGCGCUCUAUGGUGAUAAGGACUAUGUCUUUUCGACUGGAGGAGGCAUUGUCGAAUCUGCGAAGUCUAGAGAGGCGCUCAAGAAAUACGCGGCAGAUGGUGGUAUCGUGCUGCAUUUACAUCGCGACAUCGAUGAGACAAUCAACUUUUUGAAUAGCGACCCAACAAGACCAGCUUACGUCGAUGACAUCAACGAAGUAUGGGAGAGAAGAGAGAAGAGGUAUCAUGAGUGCGCCAAUUUGAGGUUUUAUUCGCAUCACUGUGCUACAGAGCUUGACUUUAAAAGACUCAGAAGCACAUUUGAAAAUUUUAUCUGGAGAAUAACGGGUCAAAAACAGAUUCAAAUCCCUUCGAAGCGGUCUGCAUUCGUGUGUCUGACUUUUGAUGAUCUUGUGCCUCAUGUAGGUAACUUGCCUGCUAUCGUCAAUGGCUGCAACGCUGUCGAAGUCAGAGUUGACCUUUUGGCAAGGUACGAAAUUUCUUAUGUUGAAAAACAACUGUCCUUGUUGCGUUCUGCGACUGACUCCCUUCCUAUCGUUUUUACGAUCAGAACGGUUUCUCAGGGCGGAAAGUUUCCAGAUAACGAUUCUAAGAAGCUAGGUAAGCUUUUUAACUUUGCAUUGCAAUUCGGAGUCGAAUACAUCGACCUUGAGCUUACAGCACCUGCGGAACUACAAUACGAUGUCAUAAACAAAAAGCACACAACCAAAAUUAUCGGCUCUCAUCAUGACUUCUCCCACAGUUUUCCUUGGACGGACUCUGAAUGGGAAAAUCGCUAUAAUCAGGCUUUAGCUUUGAAUGUGGACAUAAUCAAAUUCGUUGGCACCGCUAAAACUUUCAAAGACAAUUUUGAACUUGAAAGCUUUAGAGAAGCCCAUCAAGCAAAACCAUUAAUUGCCAUUAACAUGACGGAACACGGUAAAAUAUCAAGAGUUUUGAACACUGUUUUGACGCCUGUGACCUCGAAAUUGUUGCCAUCUGCGUCAGCUCCUGGUCAGCUAACUUUGGCUGAAGUUAAUCGAAUCUAUUCUACUUUAGGAGGCUUCACUGCGAAGGACUUCUACGUUGUUGGUUCGCCAAUAAGUCAUUCUCGGUCGCCAAUUUUGCACAAUACAGGCUACGAGGUCCUAGGUUUGCCAUAUCAUUUUCAAAAAUUCGAAACAAGUGAAGCCUCAGAAGUCAAUGAGAAGCUUUUGAGCAAUCCUCGUCUCGGAGGUCUAGCGGUCACCAUUCCAUUGAAGAUUGAUAUAAUGCAGUACAUGGAUGAACUUAGCGACUCUUCCAAGGCCAUUGGUGCCGUGAACACUGUGAUUCCUCUGGGAAACGGCAGGUUUAAGGGCGACAACACCGAUUGGCUUGGAAUCAAGAACUCUUUCAUUGCCAGCGGAGUUCCUGGAAAGCUCACGAAUUGCGGCGGAUUAGUGAUUGGCGCAGGAGGUACGUCAAGAUCGGCAAUUUACGCCCUCCACAAUUUAGGUUGCUCUGCCAUCUACGUGGUAAACAGAACCACAGAAAAAUUGCAUGCUUUGAAGAAAGAAUUCCCCGCAAACUACAACAUUUUUGUCAUUGACACACUAGAACAGGCUCAACAAUCUUCUGGUAAAAUUGCAGUGGCCGUAAGCUGUAUCCCAGCUGACAAAGCUAUCGACGAGAGCCUUUUGAGUAAAAUCGAUUCCUUGAUGUCCAAGAAACCUCGUGGAAGUUUCCCUCCAACGCUUCUAGAGGCAGCAUAUAAGCCUGCUGUUACUCCAAUAAUGCAGUUGGCAAACUCUAAAUACCAGUGGAACACCAUACCCGGCUCACACAUGCUAGUGAACCAGGGAGUUGCCCAAUUUGAGGAAUGGACAUCAUUCAGAGCACCAUUCGACGAAAUCUAUAACGCAGUUGUUCGUGAUUAA